AUGUCCGGUGUUUCAGAAUCAAAUGUUUCUUCCCAAGCUUCUGAAGGAACCAAAAGGAAAUGGGUUCCAGAAGAAGAUGCAGCAUUGGUUGCCUGCAUGGUGGACUUGCACAAUGUUGGAACCUUUAAUGCUGAUACGGGGUUACUAAAAAGGGAUUGGUCAAUCGUGUAUGACAUGCUUAAUGGCCAAAACAAUAGCGGUUUUGGUUGGGAUGAGCAUAGGCAGGUCGUUGUUGCUGAAGAUGCGAGUCAUAAAGAAGCCGGUCAAUUCAAACAUCGUAUUUUCCCUUACUACGACCAACUUACUGCCAUCUACGCACGAGAUCGAGCGACUGGUAAAGAUGCUCAAACAACCAUUGAUGUUAUUGAAGAAAUAAAUGUUCAGGAUCCGCAACCAGGUAGAAACCAAGGGGGUUCCUCAUCUUCAAAGAAGAAAAAGAAGAAUUAUGAUGCAAGUGAUAAUAUUUCUUCUUCAUUUCAUGAGGCUGCCACUUUAUUGGCGGAAAACAUGCGGGCCAUUGGCGAACAAAUCAGUAGGAGUAUUGCCUCCGAUGUGGACUUGAGUUUUAUGACUAUGGCUAGUUCAAACACUCCUAUACCUGUGGAUGAUGUGUUUAAUGAGUAUGAAAGUUCUCUCAAACGUCAAAAGUCUACUACUUCAAAGGUGUGGAUUGAAAUGACAAAGCUUGAAUGCGAGAACAAAAAUGAAUUGAAGGCACAAUGUAAUCACUCGUCAUCUAAUAAGGACAUCACUCAAUACACCAUAGCCACUCAACCAUCACCCGAAGGUGUUCCAUCUAUAAAAAACUACAAGUUUGAUGCUGAUGAGUGUCGUAAAGCUAUUUCUACUUUUCUUGUGUGUGGCAAGCAUUCAUUUAGGACAGUUGAAGAACCAGGCUUUAGAUACAUGAUGAGAAUUGCUAGUCCUAAUUUUAAGAAUAUAAGUAGACAUACAGCUGCUAGGGAUGUCCUAAUGUAUUAUGCAAAAGAGAGAGAUCGUGUUAAAGAAGAGUUGGCUAAAGCACCUGGUUUAAUUUGUCUAACUUCCGAUAAUUGGAACUCAGAGCAUACUAAUGACGGAUAUAUUUGCAUUACUGCUCAUUGGGUUGACAAAGAUUGGAAGCUACAAAAGAGAAUCAUAAGGUUUAGAGCUUUAUUUCCUCAGUAUGAUGGUUUGAACAUAGCAGAUGAACUUGUUUUAUGUUUAUCUCAAUGGGGUAUAGAUAAGAAAAUCUUUAGCAUCACUUUGGAUAAUGCUUCUUAUAAUGAUGUUAUGGUUUCUUGUCUUAAAAAUCGUUUUCGUGCAAACCGAGCUAUUUUGUGUGAUGGUGCUUUUUUUCAAGUUAGAUGUUGUGCACAUAUAUUGAAUCUUAUAGUUAAAACUGGUUUGGAACUUGCUGAUGAUGUUGUUGGUAAGAGUCAAAAUGGAAUUAGGUACAUAAGAAAGUCAGGAAUUCGUAGGAAAAGAUUUUAUGAUGUGGCCGACAAAAGUUUUCAUUUGAAUGUGACCAAAAAGUUGCGUCAAGAUGUGUGUGUGAGAUGGAAUUCUACUUAUUUGAUGCUUGAAUCUUCUCUUUACUAUAAAGAUGUGCUAGAUUAUUGGGGCCAACGGGAUAAAGAUUAUCAAAUGUUUGCACUUUCUAACGAGGAGUGGAGAAAUGUUGCUAUUCUUUGCAAAUUUUUGAAAGUCUUUUAUGAUGUGACUUGUGUUUUUUCUAGUUCUAAUUAUCCAACUGCUAAUCUUUAUUUUAGAGGAGUUUGGAAGGUUCACAAGGUCUUGCUUGAUACAGUUAAAGGUCCUUAUUCGUUUUUAACUCCAAUGGUUAAGCAAAUGCAAGAGAAAUUUAAUAAGUAUUGGGCUGAGUAUUCGUUGAUUUCGUCAUGUGCUGUAAUUUUAGAUCCUCGUUACAAGUUGAAUUAUGUGCAGUAUUGCUUUAUUACAAUCUAUGGUAUUCAUGCUUCAGAUUUUGUUGAGACCAUUCUUAGCAAUCUUAGACUCUCGUUUGAUGAGUAUGUUAAGAAAUCCAAAUCCACGUCUUCCUCUUUGGCUGGGAGUUCUAAUGUUUCGGAUAAAAAUCCUGUUGAUUCUGGUUUGGAUGAACACAAUGAUAGUAGUGCUGAUUUUGGGGGAUAUUUUGAUGAGAGUGAUGAUUAUAAACGGUAUUUAAAUGAAUCUAGCACUAGGAGUGAGAAGUCACAGUUGGACAUUUAUUUGGAAGAACCGGAGCUUGAGUUGAAUAGUCAAAUAGAUGUUUUAGAUUAUUGGAGCAAAAGUUCAGUUCGAUACAAUGAGCUUUCAUUAUUGGCUCGUGAUCUUUUGGCAAUUCCAAUAUCGACUGUAGCUUCCGAAUCGGCUUUUAGCAUGGGUAAGAAAGUUAUCACACCUUUGAGGAGUUCGCUUAAGCCAAAAACGGUUCAAGCCGUUGUUUGCUUGGAUGAUUGGAUGCGAGCUAAGGGGUUUUUAGCAGAAAUUGGUUGCAAAAAGGACGAUGAGGACGAUGAGGACGAUGAUGAUGAUGAUGUUUCUUCAGUAGCUUUUUAA